AUGGACAGUUCAAACACGGACCUACGUGAGAUGCGAGAAGUUACGCUGACACGCAAAGAACCAGGGCAGAAAUUCGGUAUUCGGAUUGAUAAUUUUGGCCAUGGCGUAUACUUGACAACAGUUCUGAGAGGAUCUCCGGCCGCGUUGGCUGGCUUGAAAGUCGGUGAUGAACUCAUUCGGCUCAACGGGUUGCCUGUCAGUCAUUUAUCAGCCACGACUGUUAUGAUUUUGAUACGCUCCAGUCCAAGUUGCCUUCGGAUAACUUUCAAACCCAGAGUCUUGUUGGCCCGCGUUCGAGAAGUUUCCGUACAGAAAUCAGAUGGCCGUAUUGGCAUUCGAAUAAAACAGCGAUCAGAAAGUCUAUUUGUGGAUGUUGUUCUUCCCAAAUCUCCGGCUAGUUUUGCCGGAAUGAAAGAAGGAGAUGAACUAUUGAUGAUCAACAACCGGAAUAUGCGGGACUGGGACCAGGACACAGCUUCGCAGUACCUUCGUGACCUACCGGACGGGGAGAAUGUUCUAUUUCGUGUACGAGAUGUGUUACCUUCAGUUUGCAGGCAUCUGCUAACCGGUCCUGCACCCAAAAAUACCCCGUUGUACAAAAUAAAAUCUAGCACAUUGAACACACACUCACUAACUAACAGUGAGGUAGAUGUCUCAGAGGUGGAUUUGGUUGACCAAUCUCCAACCAAAAGCAGCUGCUGCCACUGCAACCUUGUUCAAUCGAAACGCUAUCCGCAGUCCCGCCAAGGACACCAGGCUGACUGCGAACAGAUAACUAAUCACGGUGCACCAAAGCUUAUCAUCAAAGGUGCUCGUGAGAGCAACGUUGCAUUCAUUUCAGAUGCUUCAACGCAGGGAGGCACCAGGCUUGUAAACAGUAUAAGCGACUGGGCUAUAGGUCAGCAUCAACACGCAAAAUGUCAGUGA